AUGGAGGUGCUGAGCUGGGAUUCGCUUCUAAUAAUCAAGAAAACUGAUGUAGUAACUGAGCAGAAGUCAGAUGUUGGGAAAGACGAAGCUUCAAAAAGCGGAGUGGUUCUGCGGCUGAUUAGGUCCUUGGGUGGUGUGAGAAUCGGAAAUGCUCAAGUCUUUAAGCUUUACUCUCUACAGUUAAUUACUCCGAUAAUAUACUCAAAGAAUGCUGUUGAUCCGAUGCUUGAGCGAUUGACUACACUGGAAAAUAACUUGACGCUCUUGCUCAGUCGGGCGGAUAUCGAACCCUAUGCGUCAUUAGAUGACGCUCUAGCCGCUCCCAGUCGUUUCCAUCAACCAAUUAGUGUCAAGGAAGCGGAAUCAAAAAACUUAAUUAUAACCUAA